CGGACUGUGAAACAGCAGAACGGCAGGGCUGAACAACGGCACUCCUUCAUUGUCUUCCUCUCCUCCUCUUGCAUCGGUCUCAUCCCCUUUUCUUUCCUUCCAGCUCUGUCUGAGUGAGAGACGAGCACGCUGUCUAUCCUCCCUUCUCCCUCUGUUGUCUGUCUGGGUGAUGCCGCCUCCCUCUCUCGCUCAUGCGCUGCGUCUGCUUCUUCCCCUCGCUCACCCCUCCUUCCCUUUUCUCCUCUCCCACUUUGCGGUCUCAUUUAACAGUAUAUGCACGCGUGUGCACUGAGCGUUGCUCUGUCUCACACACACCACUAGGGAAAGGAGAGAGGGAUGGAGAUAGAGGGGAAACAGCCCAUGUGGGCUCUACAAAGAGGCUCCUCCCCCUAUUCCUGUUGGGUAACCUGAGAACCAGAGGGAGAGAGGUAAGUGGGGGAGGAGGGAAACAGACAGAAGAAGAGAGGGAGGGGAGAGUCUCUUUCCUUCCUGUCCCCCUCUCUCCCUCCGGACAGACAGAGAUGCAGGCUGAUUUGAGGGCAUUGUGAAUAACCUUGACGUAUACGGCCAAAUAUGGACAUCUGCCACUCAACCUGACAAUGCCAAGCAGCUACUGUACCGCUUGAGUUCACCGCUGGUAAAGACCAGGUCAUCAUCACACAAACAGGACAAUAACAACAGAAACAAAGAAAUAAGAAAAAGAGAAAACCAAAGUGAUCAGUGGAACCAAGUGAGAACUUCCACUGAUGAGAACCAAGAUUCAGACUGAACAGAACCACAGAAGAAGAUCUAGAACUCAGCAGAACCGCUAGAGACAGAAUCAGGGAGAGAACCACAUAACCCACGUCAACACCUCAGCGUUACAAAGCGUUGCGGUGUGUGAUGACACCCUUCACCAUACAGAUCACAGAGGUAUACAUGUGAUAGUUGUGAUCGUUGAAUGCACCCCCAGCCACCCCACACCAGCGUAACAUACACACACACACACACAUUGGCAUAUGGGUUGCUCUUUCAAAAUAAAAUGUUGAACGUUUACUUAAGAGGAAGUACAGCUCUAAAUGGCUUAGACAGGCAAAUAAAGAAUGCCCUUUACAGCUGGGAUAUACUGACAGAUCAACCAGCAACCCAUAUGCCUAUAGGUGUGUGUGUCUCAAGUUCUUACCACGUAUUCCAUGGGACAACACUGACUGCCUGUGUGUUUCUGUAACCCUAAAAACACCAAAGCGCACAUCAGCACACACACUCUUAGCCAAUCACUGAGCAUUGUACAUUUAGCGAAUCAUAGUUAUCCUAAAUGCUCCCCUCACAAACACAUGGCUUCGAGCAUGCAUUGCUCCCGGGAUCAGCUGUGGAGAGAGUUAUGUGACCUUGCUCAGGUGAGCGCAAAGGUACACACACACACACACGUUAGGCAAGCUGAUUUUGGAUCCCCACAUACCAAAGACUGUGUGUGUGUGUGUGUGUGUGUUUUGAGCAUGUUCAGACACACAUUGUGGAAUGAAAGGAAUUACCUACAGAGACUAGUCAAAUAAAUCCAGACAACAGCUUCUCCUUCCCAAACCCAGUCAUAAUUGCACACACACACACACACACGACAAAUAACCCCGUCAGAUGUUGUGAAUGUGACAGGACAGGUCCAGAAAUAGUCACGUUAUUGGAUUGGGGUAAAUCAAUGUGAUUAGGGGGUGAUAUGAACAUUAGAUUAGCCAGGCCUUCAGCAGGCCCAACCAGCCGACCUACCAGCUCUACACACUCAGCUACAGUACCAUGUGAGACACUCAGCUAUUUUAGGUUUGUUUCCUCUAUCUCCCACCCUCUAUUCCUUGCUCUAUCAUCAUUUUUUUCUCACUCCGUCCCCUCUCCUUCCAUCACUUACUCUGUCGGUUUCCCUUUCUUUCUCCCUUUUGUCCACUCUCUCUCAUUGAUUCUCUCUUCCUCUCGCCCGCUCUCUGGUUCUCCAAAAGUCUGUCCCUUACUCUAUCCUUCAAUACCAAAUACUGUAAAACUUCAAUUAAUAGCCUGGGCGUUUAUUUGCUUCAAUCAUUGAACACAACCGGCGUUUAUUAGAGACAGGCUUCUAUUUGAGCCAGGCGUCUAUUUCCUUAAUGUACACAGCUUUUGCUCAAUAAAAUGUUGAAAAGACUACCACACUGUUUAUUGUGACCAGUAUUGACAUUAUAAUAACAAAUCCACCGCAGAUCAGACAUGCAAAGACUAGGCUGCCUAUCACACCCCCCCGAUUUCGUGCUUCAGCACCAUUAUCUCACUUGUAUCCACCAUAGUUGAGCCGACCAUGUCAAACCAUACUGCUGUCUCGUUCAUGGCAAUGAUGUUGGUCUCCUUCAUCUUCUUUACGGUACUCGCUGAAGUUCACUCACAAGCAAUUCAUUUAGACCCGGCAUUUAUUUGAAACAGGUGUUUAUUUGCUGAAAUGUGUGCCGCUGCCCGGCUAUUAAAAGGGACAGGUGGCUAUCUGAGACUCAGCGUUUCAUUGAAGUUUUACGGUAAAGGCUUUUUAUUGCUGACUCACAUACUUAGCUACUCUCAGAUCCUCAAACACACACACACACACACGUUCCCCUUCUGCUGGUCUCCUGUCCUCCUCUCUGAUGAGUUCGUGUGGGUCCCAUGCGCGUCAGAUCCAGUUUCUCAGAAACGGCCGCCCUCCUGGGCUUUUCACACACUACAGUCAGUGUCUAGGGUUUACCGAGAAUGGCGCGGCAAACAAAAAACACCCGGUCAGCGGCAGUCCUGUGGGCGAAAACAGCUCGUUGAUGAGAGAGGUUGAAGGAGAAUGGCAAGAAUAGAUCAACCGAACAGGCGGGCCACAAACAGAAAAAUAACGGAGUAGUACAACAGUGGUGUGCAGAAUGGCAUCUCGGAACACACAACUCGUCGGUCCUUGUCAUGGAUGAGCUAUUGCAGCAGACGACCACACUGGAUUCCACUCCUAUCAGCUAAAAAAAAGAAGCGGCUCCAGUGGGCACGUGAUCACAAACACUGGACAACUGAGGAGUGGAAAUACAUCACCUGGAACAUGACAGCGAGUUCAGUUUACUUGAGUGGCCUGCACAGUCCCCAGACCUCAACCCAAUAGAGCAUAUUUGGGAUGAGAUGGAACGGACUGUUUGCAGCAUGAAUGUACCGCCGUCCAAUCUGCGUGAUGCCAUGGCGUCAGCAUGGACCAACAUCCCUGUGGAACUUUUCCGACACCUUGUAGAAUGCCCCAAAUAAUUCAGGCUAUUCUGGAGGCAAAGGGGGUCCGACCCGGUACUAGAUGGGUGUACCUAAUAAACUGAGUGUUUUAACCUGGGUGUAAACAUUUUUAUAAAUACAGUACCCGUCCAAAGUUUGGACACACCUACUCGUUUAAGAGUUUUUCUUUAUUUUAACUAUUUUCUACAUUGUAGAAUAAUAGUGAAGACAUCAAAACUAUGAAAUAACACAUAUGGAAUCAUGUAGUAACCAAAAAGGUGUUAAACAAAACAAAUCAAGAUAUAUCUGAGAUUCUUCAAAGUAGCCACCCUUUGCCUUGAUGACAGCUUUGCACACUCUUGGCAUUCUGCCAACCAGCUUCACCUGGAAUGCUUUUCCAACAGUCUUGAAGGAGUUCCCACAUAUGCUGAGGACUUGUUGGCUACUUUUCCUUCACUCUGCGGCCCAACUCAUCCCAAACCAUCUCAAUUGGGUUGAGGUCGGGGAAUUGUGGAGGCCAGGACAUCUGAUGCAGCACUCCAUCACUCUCCUUCUUGGUCAAAUAGCCCUUACACAGCCUGGAGGUGUGUUGGGUCAUUGUCCUGCUGAAAAACAAAUGAUUGUCCCACUAAGCGCAAAACAGAUGGGAUUGCUGCAGAAUGCUGUGGUAGCCAUGCUGGUUAAGUGUGCCUUGAAUUCUAAAUAAAUCACAGACAGUGUCACCAGCAAAGCAACCCACACCAUCACACCUCCUCCUCCAUGCUUUACGGUGGGAACUACACAUGCAGAGAUUAUCCGUUCACCCACACCACAUCUCACAAAGACACAGCGGUUGGAACCAAAAAUCUCCUAUUUGGACUCCAGACCAAAGGACACAUUUCCACCGGUCUAAUGUCCAUUGCUCGUGUUUCUUUGCCCAAGCAAGUCUCUUCUUCUUAUUGGUUUCCUUUAGUAGUGGUUUCUUUGCAGCAAUUCGACCAUGAAAGCCUGAUUCACGCAGUCUCCUCUGAACAGUUGAUGUUGAGAUGUGUCUGUUACUUGAACUCUGUGAAGCACUUAUUUGGGCUGCAAUUUCUGAGGCUGGUAACACUAAUGAACUUAUCCUCUGCAGCAGAGGUAACUCUGGGUUUUACAUUCCUGUGGCGGUCCUCAUGAGAGCCAGUUUCAUCAUAGCGCUUGAUGGUUUUUGCGACUGCACUUCAAGAAACAUUCAAAGUUCUUCAAAUUUUCCGGAUUGACUGACCUUCAUGUCUUAAAGUAAUGAUGGACUGUCGUUUCUCUUUGAUUAUUUGAGCUGUUCUUGCCAUAAUAUGGACUUGGUCUUUUACCAAAUAGGGCUAUCUUCUGUAUACCCCCUACCUUGUCACAACACAACUGAUUGGCUCAAACGCAUUAAGAAGGAAAUCAAUUCUACAAAUUAACUUUUAACAAGGCACACCUGUUAAUUUAAAUGCAUUCCAGGUGACUAUCUCAUGAAGCUGGUGGAGAGAAUGUCAAGAGUGUGCAAAGCUGUCAUCAAGGCAAAGGGUGGCUAUUUGAAGAAUCUCAAAUAUUUCUUGAUUUGUUUAACACUUUUUUUGGUUACUACAUGAUUCCAUAUGUCUUAUUUCAUAGUUUUGAUGUCUUCACUAUUAUUCUACAAUGUAAAAAUAUUAGAAAUAAAGAAAAACCCUUGAAUAAGUAGACCCUUGACUGGUAGUGUGUGUAUAUAUAUAUUUUUUUAUUUAUUAUUUUUUUAUUUACCAAAGGUUCUCAGGGCAGUCAAUGCUAGAAUUGACUGAAUAACAAGAUCUCUCUCUCUCAUCGGUCUCUCUCUAUCUCUUCUCCCCCUGUCCUUCUCCCUUCUGAUUUGGUGCUUUGAUGAAUAUUAACCAAUUCUACAGGGCCCCAUAAAUGCUGUACAAACAUACACCUCACUAUCCAGAACAACACGCCUUAACGGAGGCCAAUCCUUUACAACACACAGGACAGGUCUGUCCAAAUCUAUUCAGACUCGCUCUGACUCAUAGCCUGCCCUUCACAACUCAUGGCCCAAAUAAAUUAUCAAAUUCAAGACAACACCCCAAAGACUGAAGAAACUCACUUUAUUCACACACAUGCUGUUAUGGUAGACAGAGAACUCCUUCACCACUGCUCUGACUGCAGGCUCAGCCAGCCAGGGGAACUAUUAGUGUGUAAUUCUACACAGACUGCACACCAUGGGGAACUCUUAGAGUGUAACACUUUAUAGGGAAACAAUAAAAAAACCCAGGAAACUGUGGCCUCUGGGCCAGAACAGGAUGUGAGCCUGAAACAGUCCCCUUUUAACCUGACCUCACCAGCCAGAGGUCACAAACCUCCCACACAGAGGUCACACCACACAGACCCAAUGCCCUGAACCUAAGAUAGCAGAAAACAGGAUUAGACACAGAGAUGAUGUCAUGAAGGAGACCAGGAAGUAAGGGAGCUGACCGUUCUAUUAAUUUCAUUCGGUUCCAUUCAGUGGACAGGAGUUCCAUUGGCUCCCUGUUCAUAUGUACUCUAGUUAAUAACAUUUGACAUUAGGAAUGUCCCGGUCUAAUUGUGCUGACCAAAUGUGAAAUAACUCCCCCAUAGACCGACAGGAAGCACCAGCAUAUUACUGCCCUGAGUAUGAAGCAUGUGCAACCCUGAUAAAGAUCCCCAUUUUGUAUCACCCAAAAUCGAAUAAUCUAUGAAUACCGGCAUCAUAAUAAUUACUUUGGGACUUGAUUAUUACAGUGAGGGAAAAAAGUAUUUGAUCCCCUGCUGAUUUUGUACGUUUGCCCACUGACAAAGACAUGAUCAGUCCAUAAUUGUAAUGGUAGGUUUAUUUGAACAGUGAGAGACAGAAUAACAACAAAAAAAUCCAGAAAAACACAUCAUAAAUGUUAUAAAUUGAUUUGCAUUUUAAUGAGGGAAAUAAGUAUUUGACCCCUCUGCAAAACAUGACUUAGUACUUGGUGGCAAAACCCUUGUUGGGAAUCAGAGGUCAGAUGUUUGUUGUAGUUGGCCACCAGGUUUGCACACAUCUCAGGAGGGAUUUUGUUCCACUCCUCUUUGCAGAUCUUCUCCAAGUCAUUAAGGUUUCGAGGCUGACGUUUGGCAGCUCGAACCUUCAGCUCCCUCCACAGAUUUUCUAUGGGAUUAAGGUCUGGAGACUGGCUAGGCCACGCCAGGACCUUAAUGUGCUUCUUCUUGAGCCACUCCUUUGUUGCCUUGGCCGUGUGUUUUGGGUCAUUGUCAUGCUGGAAUACCCAUCCACAACCCAUUUUCAAUGCCCUGGCUGAGGGAAGGAGGUUCUCACCCAAGAUUUGACGGUAUAUGGCCCCGUCCAUGGCACUUUAAUGCAGUGAAGUUGUCCUGUCCCCUUAGCAGAAAAACACCCCCAAAGCAUAAUGUUUCCACCUCCAUGUUUGACGGUGGGGAUGGUGUUCUUGGGGUCAUAGGCAGCAUUCCUCCUCCUCCAAACACGGCGAGUUGAGUUGAUGCCAAAGAGCUCGAUUUUGGUCUCAUCUGACCACAACACUUUCACCCAGUUCUCAUCUGAAUCAUUCAGAUGUUCAUUGGCAAACUUCAGACGGCCCUGUAUAUGUGCUUUCUUGAGCAGGGGGAUCUUGCGGGCGCUGCAGGAUUUCAGUCCUUCACGGCGUAGUGUGUUACCAAUUGUUUUCUUGGUGACUAUGGUCCCAGCUGCCUUGAGAUCAUUGACAAGAUCCUCCCGUGUAGUUCUGGGCUGAUUCCUCACCGUUCUCAUGAUCAUUGCAACUCCACGAGGUGAGAUCUUGCAUGGAGCCCCAGGCAGAGGGAGAUUGACAGUUCUUUUGUGUUUCUUCCAUUUGCGAAUAAUCGCACCAACUGUUGUCACCUUCUCACCAAGCUGCUUGGUGAUGGUCUUGUACCCCAUUCCUGUUUUGUGUAGGUCUACAAUCUUGUCCCUGACAUCCUUGGAGAGCUCUUUGGUCUUGGCCAUGGUGGAGAGUUUGGAAUCUGAUUUGAUUGAUUGCUUCUGUGGACAGGUGUCUUUUAUACAGGUAACAAACUGAGAUUAGGAGCACUCCCUUUAAGAGUGUGCUCCUAAUCUCAGCUCGUUACCUGUAUAAAAGACACCUGGGAGCCAGAAAUCUUUCUGAUUGAGAGGGGGUCAAAUACUUAUUUCCCUCAUUAAAAUGCAAAUCAAUUUAUAACAUUUUUGACAUGCGUUUGUCUGGAUUUUUUCAAAUAAACCUACCAUUAAAAUGAUAGACUGAUCAUUUCUUUGUCAGUGGGCAAACGUACAAAAUAAGCAGGGGAUCAAAUACUUUUUUCCCCUCACUGUAUAUAUGCCACUUAGAAGACGCUUUUAUGGAAAGCGACUCACAGUCAUACGUGCAUCAAGUAAAUACUAGUAGGCCUUUAGUUUAAGCUUAUCUAUGUGGGACUGAAUCUCUCUGCAACUCGUAGCAGAUUAGCAUGUAGUCUAAGUGUCUUUCUAUGUGAAGUGAGUAGGAGGCAGACCAGGGCUGCAGGGCAGGAAGUGGAGCUGGCCUCACCUUCUCUUCCGCUACGUUGUAAGAGACGGACAACCACACACUGAGACCCAGAUAACUGCUCCUGCAGUGUUUCCACACACACACACGCUGAAAACUAUUUGGGUCCACAAUUAAGUGUUACAGUGAAGGAGCCAAAUAAGUCAAAGGUCAUACAUAAUGUUCUUAAAACCAUGAAAACAAAACCUCUCUUCUCCAUACAGAUAAGCUGCUGCUGACAACAGCUGAAACAGGAUCUUGCCAGCUAACACAGAGCAGUAUCUAGCCAGCUGCUUGUCUUUUUUCUCUGGCAGUCAGCUACAUGUCAGAUACGGCCUCAUAUUGAUACACAAACUGACGCUGAGUGAAAUCUAAGACUGUUGCCAAUUGCAACUAUGGGCUGGCACACGUGAGCACACAUGCACGUGCUCGCACACACUUAUUUAUGUGCUGAGAUACACUCACCUGUCUGACAAAUCAAAAGGGAGUUAACGAAAGGUGUCACCCAGCCAAGCUUAUCACACAGACAGGACUGAUUGGUUCUGCUUUUGAUUGAUAGGGUCUGUAUUAGAUUGGGCAGACCCGGUUUGAUUGAGAGGGUCUGAGGUGGAUUGUGAAGCUCUGUGUCAAACAGGAUGUCUUUGACUGACAGAUAGAUGAAUAGAUUAGUUGGUUGUGUGUGUGUGUACAUUUCUGUCACUGACAUUUGUCUCUCAGAGAGUGUAUUAUCCCCAGGCCCAGCCAUGCAGCAGUCCUCCUCCUCAUCAUCCUCACCAUCAGAGCGAUAUCCCACUGACAGUGAGUUUAAGGAGGGAGCUGGGCAUAUUAUGAAGCAGUCUGUUCAGACACAUAGGCCUACCUGUAUUCACUCCAUCCCUGACCCCUAACCCCUGUCUGCGGUGUCUCCAAACCAUCAGAGUGGUAUACUAUGAUUGAACCUAGAUCUACUCAGGGUUUUUCUAAAGCUAUCCAGCUUCAGUUAGCUUUACAUUCCAUCUCAGGCUUCAUCCGUACUACGACGGUGGAUAUUGCUCAUCCGCCUGCCGCUAACUCUAGCAGGCUUGUAACUACGGGUGCAUGUCACACGUGUCUGGUCGAACGCCAAACUUUUCAUUGAGACAUUGCUGAAACAUCCAUCCAUGGGCGACUCAGUGCCACAUUUUAAUUUGUGCAAAAUGAAAGAAGAGUUAUCUUGCAAAUCAGUGGAGGCUGCUGAGGGGAGGACGGCUCAUAAUAAGGCUGGAACAGAGCGAAUGGAAUGGCAUCAAACACAUGGAUACCACGUAUUUGAUACCAUUCCACCUAUUCCGCUCCAGCCAUUACCACAAGCCCGUUCUCCCCAAUUAAGGUGCCACCAACCUCCUGUGCUGCAAAUUCAUCCGGCUGUGGUGUGAAAUAGGCUUGUUGAAGUGCCGCCUUUAUUUUAUUACUUAUCGCUAACACCGUCUUUGGUGUGCUUAUCAAUGCACAAGCACCUUUCCCCCUCCACUCCUAUCCAUAUAAUAAUUGUAUUAAGUCAUACACACGUUUUACUUCAUUUCAUUGGUCUUUAACUCGUGGCUCAGACACUUGAUUCAGGAUAAAUGGAGUUAGCCCUGAGUAAGCCUGCCCAGGAGCAGUUUAGUUCUGGAUUUGUUGCCAUAGAAAUGUACCUGGCUAAAAGGUGAGCCACUUUUGUGGUACCGGUUAUCCCGAGUUGAACUCAGAGUUGACCAAAGUUACCUCGCUAACUCCUCAAACCAUGUACAUAGUAUAGGGCUCAGGACCAGGCCAGCUGCCUCACAACAGUAGUCCCAUCACAGACUGAGGUGCAGGUAACCAUAACAACUGUGUGUAUUUACGCAUCUUGCCACAUAUAUGGCCACACUAAUACAGCCCGUAUCAUAGGAUAAUGAAGGGCCCAGCAUCACAGCUUGUCGUUGAAUGUUCUGUAUGGCACGUAGCCAACUACAGAGUACUGUUUUAGUCAGGGCUUGUUACAGAUUAUUUAGAUUAUCAUUAUUGUCUGAAACAAAUAGUUACACAUCCAUAACAAUAUAUAACCUAGACCUAUUGAAACAUUAAAUAAUCUCCAUGAGAAUGCCAUCUUGACAAUAGGCUACAGAUCUAUAUUGCACAUUACAGAAAUGUAAUGUAAUCCUAACUUCUGAUUAGGUCGCUGAAAAAGAACUAGAGCAUUUACAGAAAGACAAGACCAGCCUGUUUAGUCUAGAUUUAGUUUCUCUAAACCUGUGUGGUAACACUGGGAUUAAUUUAGUAAUAUUCUUGCAUUAACAUGUUUUGACAUGGUAAGAAUGGUCGCAUAGUUUCCAUUGCAUAGUAGGCCUUGGGGAGUUUACAUAAGUGGAACCGCAGUCAGUUCCACGUGUAGAAUAACAAACAAACAAAAACUCCAUAUUGCUAUAGUAGUAUGCUAACAACAUGUCAAUACAAACAAUGUUGAUACUUUUUUUUAUUACAGUGUUAGUACUCAUGUAGGCCUAUAAAGUGUUACGAGAACAGUUUAAAUGAUAGAGUUGGACAACUUAAAAUAAUAUAAAAUAAUAUGCCAUUUAGCAGACGCUUUUAUCCAAAGCGACUUACAGUCAUGCGUGCAUACAUUUUUGUGUAUGGGUGGUCCCGGGGAUCGAACCCACUACCUUGGCGUUACAAGCGCCGUGCUCUACCAGCUGAGCUACAGAGGACCACAACUUGGUGUGGGGUAAGGAAUGAUAUCCCAGGGACCCAGGCCUACAGAACUGACUAUUUCUAGUAGCCUCUGCAGCAAACCACUUUGAUUUUGAAAACACUCAAAAGUGACAACACGGUUGUUUGCGACUUCUGCUGAAUGGAUACAAUGUUUCAUGUGCGGCCUAGUCUAGUUACUUUGUAUCACUAGGCUAUAUUUCACAAUGUUACAAUAACUCGAUAAAUGUUUUCGUACACACUGAACUCAGCAGUCUUGCUAGACUAGAUAUUUUUUUUCAGCAAAAGAUUGUUUCGCCACCAUUGAAUUUAUGGCACAACAAAAAGUAAUAGCCUAGGUAGUCUACAAUCGGCCUAUAGCAAAUAAUAUUCAUCUGUCAGGCAGAAUGUUAUUGUUUUAGUAUUCGAAUGUCCUAAAACGUCUCUCUACCACGUUCCAACACGCAGCCCUUAAAAUUCCAGCCCAAACCAUGCCCAGAGAAGUGUGGUCAACUUUUGUCAGAAGAACUUACCAGCUAUCUUCCUCCUUGUCCCUUUUGUGCCUCUUCUUUUCUCCCAGCUGUUGUUGUCCCGUAGGCCUACCUCUAACUAAAUUACAUAAGUGGCUGAAUGCGAAGGUUUAAACCGCCAGCUGUCGUACAGUGUGCAUUUGAAUUUCUUUAGAAAGAGGGCUGAAACUUUCCUUCUUUAGUUUCUCUUCCUUUCCUCCCCCCGCCGCCCCUCUUUCUACCAACACAAAAAAAGCCACUUCCGCGAACAAAUGGCAACGUCAUUUGCCCUGGCUGCUAGUGCCACUCGGUUUGUGUGGUUCUCUGCACCUGGCCGGUGGUUGCGCGGCCUUGACAGAAAGGGAUUGCGCAAAAAGAGAACUUCCCACAAUAACAAACCAGCCUACAGUAUAACCGAGUAAACUGACAUUAAACCACAUACACACAGUCUUUGUUGAAUCAUACAUUAUUAUUUGCAUAGUGCAACUGUAAUGUCUAUGUUAUAGGCUACAACCUUUCUUGAACGAGAAGCACGAGAACAAACUUGAAUUGCAGUUCAUAAUGUAUCACUGAGAGGCCAAAGAAUAUUCUAUUUUAUUAUAUUAUAUAGUAUUUUAUUUUAGUCCAUUAUUUUCUAUUUUAUUACAUUCAAUUAUAUUAUAUUCCACAGUCAUAGAUCUUCACUCCUGAGUGGCGCAGUGGUCUAAGGCACUGCAUCGCAGUGCUAACUGUGCCACUAGAGAUCCUGGUUCGAAUCCAGGCUCUGUCGCAGCCGGCCGCGAUUGGGAGACUCAUGGGCGGCGCACAAUUGGCCCAGCGUCGUCCAGGGUAGGGGCCGGCAGGGAUGUAGCUCAGUUGAUAGAGCAUGGCGUUUGCAACGCCAGGGUUGUGGGUUCGAUUCCCACGGGGGGCCAGUAUAAAAAAAAGAUGUAUUCACUAACUGUAAGUCGCUCUGGAUAAGAGUGUCUGCUAAAUUAUGUAAUGUUAUUCUAUUCUAUUUUUCAAUUAAACUCAACACAACACAACUCAACAACUCAACUCUGUUCUAUUGUUUUGUCUGUUCAAUAAUAUAAUAGGCCCAUAUAGAAUAGGUAAAAUAUGAUAAAUAGCCUAGGCUACACUUGAGUCUAGAUAAUUCCAUGUAGCCCAGCCAUUCAUGCAUAGUGAAUACUGUUCACUGGAGUCCUCUGCUGGUAGAUACCAUAUUCGCACACGCACACGCACACGCACACACACACAGAUUAAUAUUUAUACUUGACAGUAUUAGAAAAUAAAAAUCUAAACAUCGACAUUUAGCAGACGACCCACAGUAGUGAGUGCAUAUUCACAUUAAUUAUUUUGUACUGGUCCACCGUUGGAAUCGAACCCUCAACCCUGGCGUUGCAAGCGCCAUGCUCUACCAAUUUAGCCACAAAGGACUGUCUACAUGUCUGCAUAGAGUAAAUUGUAAAGCCUAUUUAAUGUUUUUCUUACGGUUUAUCACAAAUCAUUGUAAUAAUUGUAAACUCUGUUGCAGAUAGGCUUUAAAAAAUUUGUUUUUGCUUGGUUGAGCCUAAUAUAAUAAUAAUGUUAUAAUCAUAAAAUCAUCUUGUAGGCAUACUCUGGGUGUAUGUUAUCAGGGUCUUGUCUAGAAUGGAUACAGAAUGUCAAAUUUGACGUCAAAAGUUGUUGUUGUUGUAUUUUAUCUAUCCUAACCCUUUCCUAAACUUAACCUAAUUCUCAUAACCUGCUGCUAAACCUACUAUGAAAAAAAGCUGUAUCGCUUGUAGGCAAAACCACGUUAUCAGUGCAACACUGCACACCAUGUACUUCCGCCACACAAACACCUUGGUCAAUUUCCGACCAGCCUUCUCACACUCAUUGGCUUUCUGGAUUCAGAGAAAGCACUUUAUUGCUCCUGAUUGGCUCGCCAGAGACGCCCAGUGUUUGAAGGACAUGGAAUUGGUCGACUGAUACAUAACGAGGACGUAUGCUACUUUAGGGUAAGCGCUUGUCUGAUGAUUACACGGGUUAUCAAAUACAUGAUUGUUGCUAUCAUUUGUCACAGCAGAAAUCAAUUAUAAUCUAUAGAAAGGGUAUCAUGUUGUCAUUAAACUAAUGAUCAUAUUUACAUACAGACAAACUCAUGUGCGCGUUGCGCAGUGGGUAACUAGCUAACUGUUAGCCUAGGAUGUCCAAUGAAAGAUGGUGGAUAAAUGAAGAUCCUCAGGCCGUUUACCUUUGAAAACAGUUGUCACAGUUCCGGUCUGCUUAAGGGAUAGCAGCUGGAUCUGGUCUGCUUAGUUAAUUGACCUUAUAAGAACCAGAAAAAAAUGGUUGUGGCUGGGGCUAGCUUGUUCCUCGCCGAAUGACCGUGGCGAAAUCACCCUUUACUCUAGAUAGGCAGGUAGCUCAUAACUACAGCAGACAUGUAGCUUGAACUUUGACAGCAACACACAUUUGAGCCAUCAUAACUUCAUAAGUUUCCUGCUUGGUUUUUAAAUAGAAUAGGUAGCUAGCUGGACAAGCAUUUAUGGUGAAAUCCUGUGUAUGUAACAAUCCUCCCCUGGUCUACCCUCCCGGCCUUAUGUAAAACAGCUGUUCUCCUUAUUGGUGUCCAAUGACUACAUUUUGAUCUUGUUGGAACUAGUAUGUACUGCUCAGUACCCAUUCUCCUCUCUCCCCUUUCUUUCUUUCUCCCUCCCUCUCCUCUACUCCAUCACUCACCCUCCAUGUCUCUCGCCCUCUUCCUCCCUCCCUCUCUCCUUCCCUGCCUCCCUCUCUCUAGUUGUUUCUCUUCCCCCACUCUUUCUGUCUCAGGUCUGGAUGCUGCAGGCUGUGUCCAGGCUGAGUAGAGCAGCGGUGCGUGUGAGGAGAGUGGCUGCCCAGGUCCAGGUCACCACGGCAACCAUGGCCCAGAACCACCAGAGCUGCGGUAACUCCUGUCAACAGAAGGGGGGUGCUGUCACAGCAGCCAUCCUCAUCAUCGGAGACGAGAUACUCAAGGUGAGACUGGAGAUGGUGGUGGGGGGCUUGGUACUGAGUGGAAUAUGCCUGGUCUCUGAAAACAACCUCCUCCCCUAGUCCCUAUCUCUUAGGAGUUAGCUAAUCUAAAGGGUCUCUCUCCCUCCCUCUACCCCCCCCCCCCCCCCCCCCACUCUCUCUCUCAGGGUCACACAGUGGACACUAACAGUGCCUUCCUGUUGCGAGCGCUUAGGAAGCUGGGAGUGUGUGUCCAGCGUGUUACAGUCAUCCCUGACCAGCAGGAGGUAAUCUCUAAGGAGGUGGCCCUCCUGGCCCCACAGUACACACACCUGCUCACCUCUGGGGGAAUAGGCCCCACCCACGACGACGUCACCUUCGAGAGCGUUGCCAUGGCGUUCGAGGAGGAACUGCAUGCCCACCCGGAGCUGACCCGUUUGGUGGAGGAGUUCUUUGGGGUGGUGGAUAGGGAGAGUGCAGCCAUGAAGCUAGCCAUGGUCCCCCGCUCGGCCAAGCUCAACUACGGCACUGACCCUCAGACUGGACAGCCACUACGCUACCCACUGGUCAGUGGCUGACUACUGUUAAACGAAAAAUCCACAAAAAAUAUAUAUUUUGGUAUUUUUUUCUCAUUAGUCCACUGUUGAUACAGUCCCAAAAUGUUUUGAAAGUCAGCAGUCAAGUUAAGAUAUUGGACUUUCAAGAAGCAAAGUGUCACUUGCCACAUCAUUAUUAUGAUGCAAAAUGCAUCAUCUGAUUCCUUUAACAUGUAAGGGAUAAACGCCCACGUUCUGUACAUUACCUUGGAAACAAUGGAUGGUGCAGCGGGAUGAGGCAGAGCCAACUAGCUAUGGCAACACAGUCCCGACCUCUGCAGCCAGAAUAACAGCAAAGUUUAUUUUGUUGCAUUUGUUUAAGCUGUUUAUCCCGCUUAUACCACAGAAAACAAUACUAAGCACACAUUUACCGGUAGAAAUAAAAUGUUUUUGUUGAUAUUUUCAUUUAUAUGAGCAAAUUCUUACUUUCUCAUAUUUUGGUUGCUAGAGACACGACCCAGUCGUUCGUUAGAUUAGUUCGAUAUUUAUGGACGCAACCCAGUCAUUUGUUCUUUGUUCCAUUGCCAUGCUCGCUGCCAACAUUCUUAUUCCUUGCUUGCUAGCUAGCUACGGCUAACACAGUCACGAACUCUUCAGCCAGAAUAACAGCAAAGUAGCUGUUUUCUAUUGACUUUCAUUUGAAUAAAUCCAUAACAAUGAGCUGAUAAUGCCAGAUUUUGCCUGACAUAGCUAGAAAAGUUUUCCUUCUCAUCAGGACACUCGACACUGUUCAUUACGAGGAGAUCACAUUGCAUGUCAAACACUAGGAUAGAAGCUAGCUAAAUAGUUUGUUGCUAGGAAACCGGACAAUAUGAUAACCAAAUAAAAAAAAUACCAGUUGCUGAAAACAGCUGGUCAAACUAGAAACUGGUGGGAGGAUUUGAAAGCAUUGCGCCACUUGCGUCAUGACUGCAACAGUAGGGACCAAUGUUCCCUCAAACAUUAUUGGGCACUGAGCAAAUAUCAGGUCUGCUGAGCGCAAACUUGAAAGUUGUGAAAAGUCUGUGCAACUUCCAGCACGCGUUUACUGUGAACACUGAGGCUGUACACGCUUUAAGUUACAGUUUUAGACAGUGGUCAAAUAGGCUACUGUGGCUAUUUGAUCAUAAUGUAGGGCUACCAGAGUGGCCUACCAUCAAAAACAAUGGAGAAAAUGCAUCCCAUAACAUUUUUACAUGGAAAUACCUGUUCUAUCAUUCAGCCUACAGUAGCAGCCAAUGUGUGGUGUUCAGUAUAGACCUACAUUCCAUGAGACUUUUGAAAAAAACAUGCAGGGCUUGACAUUAACCUGUUCAUCCAUUUGUCCUUCAGACAAGGUGACUGAACAUGUUGUGUUGUUUGAUGCACCACUUUACAAAGUAAAAAGUAUUAUUAUUCCCAUACCAUUAUUGCAGAGAAUUAGACAAAUUAUGCUACCCUCUGCCUAUUGGCUACUUAACUUAUUCAAGUCUGUCUCAAAAUACAACACUGCCCCUUUAAGAGAAAACAAAAAGCAGUUUACCUGACUUGCAUCUCAAAGAUGGCUAGAAAUGUACAUGUUUUGUGCUCUUGUAGGAAGCAAUCACUCCUCCAUUGCUGACUACAAAUUAUCUAUAUAUCUGGGCUAAUAACUCACUAACUAGCAGAGGAUAUGAACAAAUGUGCACAAGUGGCUACAUGGAGCUCUCGCUUUGAUCUCAAAACAAGUGCAUCUACGCACGACCGCUCAUGUUGUAAACACAGUCCAGUUCAAAGAGAAUGGCACAGAUCCAUAUAUGGAAAACAAAAAGGAAAACGCUGCACAAUGCUGCUCAUGCUCCCAGUUGAUUUUAUUUAUAACAACGUUUCAAACCCGUAGGUCUUCAUCAGGCAUCCAUAUCCCAGGUGGGGGUGGAAGGUCCUAUAUAUAGGGGCAGUACUCAGUACUCUUCCUGAAACAGUUUGGGAGCAUUAGCAGCGGUGUGCAGCGUUUUCCGUGAAUUCACUCCAGCACCUGCAAAAAGUACCUGGAUAUGUUCUUCAGAUUUUGUACAGAUCCAUAUAUGGCAAUGGUCUAUUUGCAUAUAGGCUACUGCAGCUCUGAUUGGUUAUGCCGCACCGGUCUGUGUAGACUGAGGGCUGAGUAGUGCGUGUCAAUGCAACAGAAUCCUACUCCGAUGCAUUUUGCCUACAAAAAAAAUCUCUUGCAUAGUUUGUUUUGGAUAUUAAGUAUGUUGCAUUGAAAGUGGCUAAUAUUGAGUUGAUUCGAUCACAAUUCCCACAGUAAAGGGAAACGUUGAUAGUGUUAACUAAGGGGGAAAACUGUAGAAAGUUAAGCGAAGUUCAAUCUCGUGCUUCACUGCACAUGCUGAUAUUUCUACUGCGGCGUGCCUGUGUACACGCACAGUUUAGAGGGAACAUCGGUAGGGACCAGAGAAAUUCAUGUUCAUUACUCACCACGUUAGGUCAUCAGAUGCUCCAAAAAAAUAUCUCUGCAAAAACAAAUCAAUGCAAAAACAAAUCAAUGCCUGCUAGCUAGCUACGUUUUUUUCCUCGUUGGACCUGUGUUUACAAUUUAUCCAUUUUCAGUUUGUGUAGUUGUUGGUUUAGCUUUCUGUAACUUUGUAACAAGUACGGCCUGCAUGUGUAGGCGCAUAUUGCGUCAUGAUUGCAAGGUGUCCCGAUAUCUUUUCCAACUGUCCAGUUAUCUGGUUUUAAUGUCCAUUCUAGAAGGCCCUUCUAGCCUAUCAGAAAGGAGUAUUCAACAGUGCUGUGGUAUAACAUGAUAUAAUGUAGAAAACAUUAAUGAUAGGAGAUAUCAGUGCGUUGGAGCCAACUGCUUCCUUAAGAAUUUGGAGAAUCUUGAUGUCAUCCUGGUUCUGUCUCUGUGUCAUUCCCAGGUGAGUGUGCGUAACGUCUACAUCUUCCCUGGGAUCCCGUCUCUGUUGGAGAGAGCCUUCAACGGUCUGGAGCACCUGUUCGCUGGCUCAGGGACCACCUUCCACACACGAGAGGUGAGGUGACCAACCAUCUGACUCCACUACAAUACAGUCGACAGGACGUUUUCAACAUAUAGACCAACAUCGUUUCACUCCUUGUCCUGGGGACCCACAGGGUGUGCAGGCUUGUGUUCCAGCCCAGCUUUAACACAUAUGACUCAAUUUAUCGACUAAUCAUCAAGACCUUGAUGAGCUGAAUCAGGUGUGUUUGUGCUGGGCUGGAACAAAAGCCUGUACAGGACCUCUGCUGCAAUGUAUGCCUGUUAUGUGAUGUAUUCCUCAUGCUAUGUUGUAGGUGUUUGUGGAUGCAGACGAGGCGUUGAUCGCCCCGGUGCUGACCCGUCUGCAGGCAGGCUGGGGGAAGAGGGUGGCUCUGGGCUCCUACCCUGACUGGCUCAGUAACUACCACCGGGUCAGGCUGGUGCUGGAUUCCGACAGCUCUGAGGAGGUGGAGAAGGCCCGGACUCAGCUGCUGGAGGAGCUGCCCAAAGGCAGCGUGGUUCCCCUGGUCACGGACCCUGUGUCCAUCGCUACUGAGGAGGUCUACACACUGGCCAACAGUGGUGAGAGAGGGAGGGAGGGAGGGACAGGUAGAUGGAGAGCACCCAUAAAAAAAUUACUGUGACUACAUUUCCCAUGACCCCAACUGUCUGUAUGAACUCCAUCUCCCAUAGGCACUCCGCUGGGUGAUAAAGUGGCAAACGCUCUGAAGACCAUAGAGACUGCUCUGGAUCAGUAUUCGUCAGGGGAGAUCUGUGUGGGCUUCAAUGGAGGCAAAGACUGCACUGCUCUACUACAUCUAUAUUACGCUGCACUGAAACGGUGAGAGAGAGGGGGAGAAAGACAGUUUUCUGUCUACAAAGAGGGAAGGAAGGAGACCAUAUGUGACUUUUAACCCAUAUUUUGUGUUAUCCUGUCUGAAUUAAUUGUUUACUUGGAAGAUCUACCUCAUGUAGUUAUUCUCUCUCUCUCUCCUCUCUUUUCUCUCUCCUCUCUUCCCCUCCCUCACAGGCGGUAUCCGGAGGGUAAGGACAAGGUAAAGGCUCUGUACAUUCGCAUCGUCUCUCCCUUCCCAGAGAUGGAGAGAUUUCUCCAGGACACAAUAAAGAGGUAAGCUAUCGGUCUCUGUAGUUAGCGUUAGCAUCGCUAGGUCACUUCCCCAAUCCUCAGAUAAUAAUAUAAUAUGCCAUUUAGCAGACGCUUUUAUCCAAAGCGACUUACAGUCAUGCGUGCAUAUAUUUUUGUGUAUGGGUGGUCCCGGGGAUGGAACCCACUACCCUGGCGUUACAAGCGCCGUGCUCUACCAGCUGAGCUACAGAGGACCACAUACUGUACCUCUGUGUUAGCUAUGUACUUUUUCUGUCCCUAACAAGUCUGUGUAUGGUUGUAGCUUUCGUUUGCUUGAUCUGCAUUGCAUCUUUGAGUUUGAGCAAAACUCUGAUAAUAAAAUGUUUUACUGUAUUAUUAUACAGAGACUUUGGCUCACUAUUUAGCAGAGCUCCAUCCUGUCUCCCAUAGGUAUGACCUGGAGAUUUUCUCAGUGGAGGGCAGUAUUCGGCAGGCGUUAAGUGAGGUACAGGAGAGGAGGCCGGAGCUCAGAGCUGUGUGUAUGGGCACCAGGAGGAGUGACCCCUACUCACACACGCUCACCCCCAUGUGUCUCACUGACCCUGGAUGGCCGGACUACAUGAGGGUCAACCCCCUGCUGGUGAGACAUGAUGCUUGCAGUGUUCCCUUUCUGAGGGUGUGUGUGAUAAACUUCUAAUGCUCUCUCUCUUCCUCCCUCCCUCUCUGUCUUUCUUGCUCCUUCCCUCCCUCUCUCUCUGUCUCUCUCCCUCCUCUCUCUGGGUCUCUCCCUCCCUCUCUCUCUCUCUCUGUGUCUCGCUCUGUGUGUCUCUCCCUCCCCCCUCUCUCUCUGUCUCCAUCAGGACUGGACAUAUCAUGAUAUCUGGUCAUUCCUGAGGACUCUCUAUGUGCCCUACUGUAUUCUCUAUGAUAAAGGGUAAGAAGACAUACACACCUUAAUCAAGCAUGUCCUCUGUUUCCUCUGUCACUGUCUAUUUCCCCAUCCUGGUCUCUGAUUGACUGAGUCCUCUGUCCGUCUCCUGACAGGUACACCUCAUUGGGCAGCAUGGACAACACCUGCCGAAACCCCGCACUCCAAGUGGUGGAUGUGAGGGGCGUGAGCCGCUAUAGACCUGCCCACCACUUGGAGAAUGAGGAAAUGGAGCGCGACUCGCGUGAAUGAUGUCACUUCCUUGUUUGUAUCAUUAUGUCCUGACCGUUUACCUGCCCCUCCUGAUUGGGGCUCCGGGUAAGAGAUGCUUAUAGGGACAGAUCUAGGAUCAGCAUACCCUCCUCAAAUCCCAACCUUAACCAUUAGACAAAACUGAACAUACAUGCAACUUCUUCUGAAGAGAGGAAGGGAUGAAGGAGGAUGAGGGAAGUGGAGAGAGAAACGAAAGAGGGAACAGACAAAGAACCAGAGACUGAUCGCAGAAUGAGUGCAUUGUGAAGGAAAAGUGUGCCUGUUUGAGUGGAAAGUGUGUAUGUGUGUGUCUGAAUGUGUGUGUGUAUGU